AGUCAAUCCAUCAAUAUUAUCUUUACACUCAAACUCAUCCCCGUUAAUUUCCCUUCAUCUUCCCUAUAGACACAUUUUAAUCUUCUUGCCAAUGAAAGAUGUCAAGUCUACUCCAAACAAAGUACCUUUUGCAUAGAGGCAGGUGAUCACUCAUUUAAAAGCUUCUAAGGGUUUUAACGUUUUUAACGUUUUUAAAGUUUUUAAAGUUAUUAAAGUUAUUUGAUAAAACAGCCUUAGUGGAUUAUGCACGGACCAGGCUGGGAUUUCGUCUUCUGGGCGACACUUCCUUGUGCCUUCGUGCCGGCAGAUGUAGCCCAAACAACCUGGCAGACUACAAGUUGCUGCGCCGAAUUUUGACUAUGAAAUAUAGAGAAGAGCUUCGAAGUCGGCCGGCAGGUUGACGACUUACUGCUGUUCGAAUGAAAUCAUUUAAAUCGGCGAGAUGGCGAGAGAUCAGAUUCAGCAACGCAAGCGACGAUCUGCCCCAAAGGUUAAAACAGGAUGCGGGACUUGCAAAACCAGGAGAAUCAAGUGCGACGAGGCCAAACCGAGCUGUAUGCGGUGUUCAACGACCGGACGAAAGUGCGAUGGUUAUAGUAGCGACAUUGUGAUAUCCAACCAAACUUUCAAGGACUGUGUAACCCUCAUUCAACGAAUCUCCAUCCAUAUACCCGGGACUGCGGAGGAAAAAAGAGGCUUCGAAUUUUUUCUUCGCAAUACAGCAGCGGAACUAUCUGGAUACUUUGAUACCUCAUUUUGGGGAAAUCUUAUACUGGCUGCUUCUACUCAAAAGCCUGCUUUACGACACGCCGUGAUAGCACUAGGAGCCUUGCAUGAAGACUUCUCACGGAAGAGGUUGCACUCCGUCCCAUCGGGGGAGGAUCAAAAUGCCCAAUUGGCACUGAAUCAGUACUCGAAAGCCAUGGGUGCACUGCGGAGGUCUCUAUCACACGGGAAGGAAGAACCGCUCAUGGCGCUCAUGUCCUGCAUACUCUUUGUAUGCUUUGAUAGCCUACGAGGCCACUAUGAAUCAGCAAUGGUCCAUCUUCAAAGUGGGCUUGUGAUUCUGCGGGAUAUAAGGAAGUCAUCUCCAGGGAAUCAAAUCAUUGAGGAGAAAAUUGCUCCUAUUUUCAGGAGAUUAUCGAUACAGUCUUUCAUUUACGUUGAGACGAAAAGUAGGCAUGAUAGGACAACCUUUGUUGAAAAGUUAACAGACGUCGACGGGAGAGAUGUUGUAAGUUAUGAAAAAUUUAAAAAUCUAGAAGACGCGCGGAAUGGUUUAGAUCAGGUCACGGAUGGUUUAUUUAGGGCACAUUAUAUGCUGGAUCGCCGCCUACCUAUUAUUUUACAAUCCACAGAAAGCCUCGCAGAUUUCGACAAAUACACAUCCCAGUUAUCUCAUUGGAACCUUGCAUUUGAACAAUUCAUGUCAUCCAGAGGCAAGGAUCUCACCAGCAGGGAAGUGCAAGGUGCCGCACUCCUGAAAAUACAUCACACGACGUUGAAAAUUAUGGCUGGAAUGUGUCCUGACAUCAGUGAUUUGACAGUUGUGGUUGGAUUGUUGGACUCGGAUAGGUUCUUGAAAUAUUUGGACGACUUUCAAAUCAUUAUCGACUUGUCAAAGUCGCUAAUUGCAGCUGCGGAACAGGAUGCGAUGAAUGGAAGGCCGUCGCUUACGUUCAGUAGCGAUUUUGGCUUUAUAGGGCCGCUUUAUUACGUCUGUAGCCACUGUCCUGACAUGUCUAUUCGAGAAACGGCAAUGGAGCUAUUGUUAAGAUGUCCGCGACGAGAAGGGAUGUGGAAUAGUACACUGGUUGCUCAAAUGAUCCAACAAUUCUGGGAACUGGGAGCAAGACACAAAGAAUCGCAAAGGAUGGGUUUAGAAUUAAGUGAACUUGGAUUCCCAGUACCUUUCACCAACCGAGUGUCCGUUCACUUUGCAUUUUUCGGACGACCAACAGAAGUAGACACAACUGACCUCUCCCAAUCUACUUCUCCAGUCCCUUCUCCUUCUGAGCCAGCGAAAUUUCUACCAUUCUGGGAAUUUUGACCGAAUCUAACGAUGCAUGAGAAUACCACACGUCAAGGAAUAGAAGCGGACGCCCUAACUUUGCUGGAGGAAGCAAUUGUACAGUAAUAUGAUCUGCACGUACACGCAACCGAUCUAAAACGUCGAUUUGAAUGGCAUGCGCUGUUACUUGGUUGAUUACGUCUAUAUUAGCCUACCGUGGUGUUAGUCUUGUGAAGAAAAUCAGUGGAAGAUAAUGGCGCGAAAUAACAAUCAAUGUACCACUGAGCACGUGUUUUACAUGUAACUUAAUGGUUCGAAAAACAUGUUAAACAUUGCGCGCUCAGCCACAUUUGGGAUAAAGUCAAAUACAAUGUUUCUCCGAGUGCGCAGGAUAAGGACAAAGGCCAUUGAGCGCGAUUACGCGACGGAGGAAAGCUAGAGCGGUAGUCGGCGGCACAAACGAAACGAUCAACAGUAUUAUUGGCGACUGUGAUUAUCUCACUGCAUAUUGAUUUACUGAUGUUAACUAGCUUUAGAAUAUUGACCUACUGAUCUAAAUUUUGUAGAUUUGCGAGAGAAAUUUAAGAUACUAGAACCUUGGGUUUACUUCUUGCCCCAGUACUUACUACACUCUAAAGUCAGCUAGGUAGAUUCUUCAUUAUGUCUGUUUUUUUUUUUCUCUAGUUUUUUUUUUCAUCCUCGCAAGCGAAUUGGUUCAAUGGGCGCUAUCUGGGCAAGGACGGGAUAGCUUUACUGUGAUAUAGAUCUUUAAGCAUGGAUUCUUUAGGCGCGGCAUACAAUAUGGUAGAUCAGUUUUGUAGAUAUAAAUUUUAUUUGGAAUAUAAAAUCUUGAUAGUUUCCGCCUCU